CAAACCCCCCUCGUUUCAGAUCAGAAACGAGCAGACGUGUUCCGUAAAUAUCAGUACGACCAGUGGUGAAAUAGUCACAAAACAAUCUGAAGUAAAAACCCUAGCAUAAAACCCGUACCAUAAGAAACUUCUGGACUCUUACCCUUUUUUAACCGUUGAAGGCGAUCGUGAAAUUUGUUGGAGUUUGAAGGGGAAGAGAGUUGGAUAUGGGGGCUCGUGGUGCCACCUAACUCCAAGAUUGACAUCUAGCCCGAGCUCUGUUUCGUAUAAUAUAAGUGGAGAUUUGGGAUUCGAAGAACUCGUAGUGGUUUUUGGGUAUGCUUCUUGCUUUUUAGGGCCGGAGUUUCGAUUCCGAUCGAUAAGCUUGAUACGAAUUGUGCACCAUCUUUGUUUAUUUCUGAGGUUUCUGAAUUGUUGUGAUAUAUUGGUGGGAGAAGGGGGAUCACGUAUUGAAUUAAUUUAAGAAUAGAUGUGCAGAUAGUUAUGAGAUUUAAUUUUGCGCACAGUGGAAACCUUUGUGUUCUCUGCGCUAGAGGGGUUGAAGCUAAGCUCUUUUGUUUAAGAGGGUAAGAUGCCAUCUUCUCAUUUGUCAAAGCUUAGGACUGCAUUACAGAGAUCGAUUGUAGGGCAGGAAGGUGGGCUUCAGGACUCACUAGAUGGGCUAAUUGGGCAAGGAAAAUUGUUGUUUGGCAAUUCUAAGUUGUUCCAAUCCAGACCAUUUUCAACUAUCUCAGAUCUCCAUGCGUUUCUUUCACCAGGCACCGUUUUCGCUGCAAGGUCGGAUUCGCAGUUAGUUAACCAAAGAAAGAACAUAUCUGUUGUUGGAGAGAUUUCGCGUAUUAUUUCAACCCCAUCUGUGUCGGGGCCUUCACUUCAGGUUUGUGGCUAUCAUAUUGAUUGUGCGCUUUCUGAGCCCUGUCAGUUUACAACCAGAAGCAAGUUUCAGAAUAAACCUAUGGCUGCCUGUGGUUCUAGAACUGUAGUUGGGGGAUUUUACCCUGAUAAUUUUACUUCAAGGCGUGGGCUUCUUUCAAUGGUACCUGAAAGUUCAUGUACAUUUUAUAACAACAGGAAAGGUUCUGACUGUUUUCAAGCAGCUAGCAUGAGUUUGAAAAAAAGAGGGCUAUCCAACACUAACGCAAUUUAUGGGUAUUUCAUAUAUGAAGUUGGAAAGAGAUGGUCUAAUUCCUCCCCAACUAAAGGAUCAGGGUCAAGAGAAUUUCAUAGUUCGUCUACAUGCUUAUCUGCAGGGACUGCCCAUGACGUGUCUUUUGAUAAUUCUGCUCCUGAGGAGCAACUUUCAAGUUCUGCAGAUUCAUCUGAUCAGAAGAUUACAGAUGGAAAGUCCCUAAAACUAACUUCAGGAUCAUAUUACCUGCCCCAUCCUGAUAAAGAGGAAACUGGCGGGGAGGAUGCUCACUUCAUUUGUGUGAAUGAACAAGCAAUAGGGGUGGCAGAUGGUGUUGGUGGCUGGGCAGAUCUUGGUGUUAAUUCUGGAUUGUAUUCCAGAGAACUGAUGUCUAAUUCUGUAGCUGCUGUUCAGGAGGAGCCCAAGGGUUCAGUUGACCCUGCUAGGGUAUUGGAGAAAGCUCACUCAAGCACAAAGGCCAAGGGUUCCUCAACAGCAUGUAUCAUAGCACUCACAGAACAGGGUAUUCAUGCAAUUAAUUUAGGUGAUAGUGGGUUCAUAGUGGUUCGAGAUGGGUGCACCGUCUUUAGAUCCCCUGUGCAACAGCAUGAUUUUAACUUUACCUAUCAACUGGAGAGUGGAAGCAACGGUGAUCUACCUAGCUCUGGCCAGGUUUUUACAGUUCCUGUUGCACCUGGGGAUGUUAUAAUUGCCGGAACUGAUGGCCUGUUUGACAACUUGUAUAACAAUGAGAUUACUGCAGUGGUAGUUCAUGCCAUAAGAGCUGGCUUGGGGCCUCAGGUGACAGCACAAAAGAUAGCAGCAUUGGCACGCCAACGAGCUCAGGAUAGAGACCGGCAGACACCUUUCUCGACUGCUGCUCAAGAUGCUGGGUUCCGUUAUUAUGGUGGCAAGCUCGAUGAUAUAACUGUUGUAGUUUCAUAUGUAACCAGUUCGAGUGAUGCAUGACACAAAAUUGGACUCUCUCUCUCUCUCUCUCUCUCUCAUUUGUAUAUGCUACAUUUCACUCUUUUUUUGUAAAUUGUUUUUAUUUAGUUUCAUUUCUCUCAUGUGUGGAUAAAAUCCAUACGCACUCUUCUUGGUUC